AUGGAGUUACCUCAACCAUCACCACCUCCUCCACCACCGCAAACAACGGCAGCACCACCCUCCGGUUUCUCAAUUGCCGACCUACCGCCGGCCACAGUUGCGGCAGUGCCGGCCACCACCUAUGAUUUGUCUUCACUUUUUGAUCCACUGGGCCAAACUUCAUGGGCCAUGCAACAGAGGGCCAUAGACUUACGUCAAUACCUAGCUGCUGCUGCUGCUCCAUCAACCACCUCUGGUGCUGACAUUCAAGCCGUGGCACGUGACAUUCCUCAUAGACAUGGGUCUCCUCCAUCACCUCCUGCGUCAAGCUCCAAUGCUUCACCAUCUCUAUCGCAUUCUAAAUGA